AUGUCGUGGAGAUCCAACGUCGGCCAGACCGGCGCCAAUACGAUUCCGCUCGGACCGCGUCGACGCUUCGGCGAUGAUGACGGCCCCGGCGGAGCAGGCGAUGCUGAGGCACCACGCGACAACAAGCGCGGUCGCAGCCCAGAACCACGCAAGCCCGUCGAGCUCAACCCGGACGGCACCAAGAAGCGCCGCAAGAGGAACCGAUGGGGUGAUGCGGCAGAUAACAAGGCCGCGGGCUUGAUGAACCUGCCGACUGCCAUCACUGCGGCUAUGACAGCCGAACAGCUGGACGCCUACGUGACGCAUCUGCGAAUCGAGGAGAUCAGCCAGAAGCUGCGCAUUAACGAUGUUGUGCCAGCCGACGGCGACAGAUCUCCUUCCCCUCCGCCUCAGUACGACAACUUCGGUCGCCGUGUGAACACGCGCGAGUACCGCUACAGAAAGAGACUAGAAGAUGAGCGGCACAAGUUGAUUGAAAAGGCGAUGAAGAUCAUCCCUAGCUAUCACCCGCCAUCUGACUAUAGGAGACCCACCAAGACUCAAGAGAAAGUCUACGUGCCGGUCAACGACUACCCGGAGAUUAACUUCAUCGGCCUGCUCAUUGGCCCUCGUGGUAACACGCUCAAGAAGAUGGAGACUCAGUCCGGCGCCAAGAUUGCCAUCCGUGGUAAAGGCUCGGUGAAGGAAGGAAAGGGCAAAUCUGAUGCCGCUCACGCCAGCAACCAGGACGAAGAUCUACACUGCUUGAUCAUGGCAGACACUGAAGAGAAGGUCAACAAGGCGAAAGAGUUGAUUCACAAUGUCAUCGAGACUGCCGCUUCUAUCCCAGAAGGUCAGAACGAGUUGAAGCGCAACCAGCUCCGUGAGCUUGCGGCCCUCAACGGUACUCUUCGUGACGAUGAGAACCAGGCUUGCCAGAACUGCGGCGAGAUUGGACACCGAAAGUACGACUGCCCACAGCAGCGUAACUACACUGCGAACAUCAUCUGUCGUGUCUGCGGCAACGCUGGCCACAUGGCUCGUGAUUGUCCAGAUCGUCAACGCGGUAACUUUGGGCGCGAUAUACCACCACGUGGUCCUCAGAAUGCUAUCGAGGGAGACUACGAGAGACUCAUGAACGAGAUUGGUGGUGGAGGUGCGCCUGCUUUGGAUACUUCAGUGCCGCAGCGACAAAUUGGAUACGAAGCUGGCGGAGCUGAUGCGAACGGCGGUGCUCGUCCAGCUGCUCCUUGGCAGCGUGGUCCAACUGGCGCUCCUGCUCCCUGGCAGCAACCUCGUCAAGGCGGUCCUGCCCCAUGGGAGAGUCGUGGAGGCAACGACGGUGGAUAUGGAGGUCCGACGGGAGGACCUGCUCCGUGGGCGAGAGGUGGCGGAGGUGGCAGCGGCGGUGCAGCACCAUGGCAACAACCACAGCAAGCACCAUGGCAGCAACCACAACAAGCUCCAUGGCAGCAGCAGUCUGGAGGAUACGAUGCCGUUCCCCCUCCACCACCACCAGCGGACAUUCCUCCUCCACCACCUCCAUCCAACAACGACGUACCUCCACCUCCUCCACCAGCUUAG